AUGUCUAAUUUACAGGACUUGAAGGAUGCUGGUGAGUCCAGUGUCGUAGAUAAACAGACGGGUCAAGUGUACGAACUUGAUCUAACGGCGUACUCGAACGAUUCAGAAAAACAACAUGAGAUUUCGGAAGGUCCAGAGGCCGGCGGACAUGCACUAAAAAAGGGUCUUAAAUCGUCACACAUCCAAUUGAUUGCUAUUGGUGGAUGUAUAGGUACUGGUUUGUUUGUUGGUACCUCUGCAACGUUGAACAAAUGUGGACCUGCAGGGCUCUUCAUUUCGUACUGUAUUAUGUCCACGGUUAUCUACCCGGUUAUGAAUGCGUUGGCUGAGAUGGUGUGUUUCUUGCCUGGUCUUCCAAAUAACGACGAGACUGGUGGUAGUAUCUCGACGUUGGUGACGAGAUACGUGGACCCAUCGCUUGGUUUUGCCGUUGGUUGGAACUACGUGUACUGUUACAUCAUUCUUGUUGCAGCAGAAUGUACGGCUGCUUCUGGUGUUGUUACGUAUUGGACCACAGCCGUGCCCAAGGCCGUGUGGAUCACGAUUUUCAUUGGUGUCAUUGUGUUAUUGAACUUUACUGCUGUUGAAUUCUACGGUACCUCAGAGGCCAUCUUCUGUUCUUUAAAAGUCCUCUGUAUCUUGGGUAUCAUCCUCGUGUCCAUUGUUCUAUUUUUCGGUGGUGGUCCAAACCACGACAGAUUAGGGUUCCGUUAUUGGGAUCAUCCAGGUGCAUGGGCUUACCAUUUGGCUAAAGGUAACUCUGGUAGAUUUUCCGACAUCGUCACCGGUAUUAUCCGUGCCGGUUUUGCAUUUAUCUUGGGCCCGGAAUUGGUUGUCUUGACUUCCACCGAGGCACAGGACUCCAGAAGGAACAUCGAGAAGGCUGCUAGAAGAUUUAUCUGGAGAUUGAUUUUCUUCUACUGUGUGUCGUCUUUAUGCGCGGGUGUGAUCGUUUCCAGAACUGAUCCCGUGCUAGUCAACGCUUUGAAUCAAGGUAAAGCAGGUGCAGGUUCAUCUCCUUUCGUCAUUGGGAUCCAGAACGCAGGUAUCAAGGUGCUCCCACACAUCAUCAACGUGUGUAUUCUUUCUUCUGCGUGGUCCUCCGGUAACUCUUUCAUGUACGCCACAAGCAGAUCGUUGCUAUCGCUAGCACAAGACGGCUACGCUCCCAAAGUGUUCAAGAGAGUGAACAGAUUCGGUGUUCCAUACGCGGGUGUCGCUUGCGGUACCAUUGUGUCGUGUCUUGCGUACUUGAACGUCUCCUCUUCCACCGCUGACGUUUUCAACUGGUUCUCCAACAUCUCCACCAUCUCUGGUUUCCUUGGCUGGAUGUGCGCCGGUGUCGCAUACCUCCGUUUCAGAAAGGCUGUUUUCUACAACGACUUGUACAGCAGAUUGCCCUUCAAGACCCCAUUCCAACCCUACCUGACCUACUUCUACGUCAUCUUCAUCGGCUUGAUCUGUCUCGUGAACGGUUACGAGUCCCUUGUCCACUGGAGCUACAAGGACUUCAUUGCCGCAUACAUCACUCUACCAGCCUUUGUGGCGCUCUGGGUAGGCCACAAGGCCUACACCAGAACCUGGAGCCAAUGGUUCAUUCCAGUACACCAAAUAGACGUCACGACGGGUUUGAGAGAGAUCGAAGAAGAGACCAAGGAGUUGGACGCCAAACGUAUCCCACCAAGAAACCUGUGGGAGAAGAUUCUCAACUGGCUAUUCUGA